GGCAGUUUACUCUUGACAAUACAGUUUAAGAGACCUUGUUCGCGUACUUCAGUAAUCGCUUAACUAUUUGUAAUCAGAUUGACCGUAUAUCGUCUGAUCAUGUCAUCGGAUGAUACAUAUAAGUUGAGAAUUAAGAAAUUGUAAUUCAGACGCUCGACUACGAUCAGAAAAGCUGCUGAAACGAAAAUAAUCAUCGAAAAUGGUUUCGAAGUCUGUAAUCAUGCUCUUAAAAAAUUACUCAAUAUUUCUAUUGAUAGUUUAUAUUGUUGUUCGACCGAUCUCAACAACUAAUAUUGUAGUUUUUAUUGCUGAUGAUCUCGGUUAUGGUGAUGUUGGAUUUUUGGGCAAUAAUACUAUAAGAACUCCGAAUAUAGACAAAUUAGCUUCUGAUGGAGCCAUUCUUGAACACCAUCUUGCUCCUGCUAGCGUAUGCACACCAAGUCGGGCUGCGCUAUUGACAGGACGACACCCUAUUCGUAUGGGAAUGUUAACCCAUAACAUCUUUCGUGUAAAUAUAUUUGUGUCAAGUGUUUCGGGAAUACCAAAAAAUGAAACAACAAUUGCAAAAAGCUUAAAGCAACAGGGUUACAAUACAGCAAUAAUCGGUAAAUGGCAUUUAGGAUUGAACUGUGGAUCUCGUAAUGAUUUUUGCCAUCAUCCUCUAAAUCAUGGUUUUGAUAGAUUCUAUGGAAUCCCUCUAACUAAUUUACAAGAUUUUGGCGAUGAAGGACUAGCAGUCUUUACAUCUCGUCUAAAGUUUCUACCCCAUUCAUAUGUUUUAAUUUUAAUUAUUACCGCUUUUACAUCAAUUUAUUUAUAUAGAAAAAAUAUAUGGUCUUUGAUAUCUGCACUGACCUUCUGUCUGAUAAUUGGCGGCUUAAUAUAUGUCAUUAGCCAUUAUUAUACGCAUUUGAAGAAAUUCAACUCGAUCGUUAUGAGGGAUUUUGAGGUUGUUGAACAACCUAUUCAUCUGGACUCUCUCACACCGAGAUUAGUUCAAGAGGGGAAAGAAUUUAUUACCGACAGUGUUAAAGAAAAAAAACCGUUUUUCUUAAUUAUGUCCUGGGUUCAAGUUCAUACUGCACUACAUAACAUUCGUUCUUUUCGGGGUAAGAGUCGUCACGGACGUUAUGGAGAUAAUAUAGAGGAAAUGGAUUGGAGUACUGGAGAAAUUUUAAACACACUUGAAGAGUUCGGUUUAGCAAAUGAUACAUUCGUCUAUUUUACAUCUGAUAAUGGUGGUCAUUUGGAAGAGAGGGGAGUAAAUGGCGAAGUAGAAGGUGGCUGGAACGGUAAAUUUAAAGGAAGCAAGACCCAGGGUGCAGCAGAAGGUGGUAUACGCGUUCCAACUGCAAUUCGUUGGCCGAAAAAGAUUGCUAGGGGCACUAGAGUUAAGCAGGUUACUGGGCUGAUGGAUGUUGCCCCUACAAUCGCUGCUAUUACUGACGCCAAAUUACCGCAAGAUAGGGUAAUUGAUGGAAAGAAUUUAAUGCCUCUGCUUACAAAAGAAACAGUGGAGCCAGUUCACGAGUUGAUGCUUCAUUACUGCGGAAUUAGCAUUCACGCAGCACGCUAUAGCGGCGAUGGAGGAAUUUGGAAAUUGUACUAUUAUAGGACUAAAUGGGGGCCCCAGUCUCAUGAAUGCAUACACUUCGUCUGUGAUUGCUUUAGUGAUCGUGAUAUGAUAAAACUAGAUGUUCCACAACUAUACAAUAUUGAAGAAGAUCCCUAUGAGGACCGAUUACUAGAUAUUGAGGAAGAGAAGUAUGCUGAUAUAGUGAAAAAGAUAAAUAAAGGUGUUGCGGAGCACAGGAGUUCAAUCGAGCCGAGCCCGUCACAAUUUAAUAUAUUAAGAAUAUUACCAAGACCAUGGUUACAGCCUUGUUGCAAUUUUCCGUUUUGCACAUGUAAAGACCAAAAAUAUGCGGGGAAGAAUUUGGAACUCUUGUAG